UUGAGAAACGACGGCGAUUCCAAGCAGCUCUCUCAUAAACUAGACAAUACGAUACCCAAUCACCUACGUAACAUCAAUACUCUCGAACGAGAAUGUCGAUCAUCCCAAGCUUUUUUGGUGGCCAACGAAGCAGUUUUCCAUUUGCUUCUUCACUUUCAGCUUCUUUCCCUGAAUUUUAUCGGGAAAAUUCUGCUAUUGUCAACUCCAAAAUCGACUGGAAAGAGACCCCAGAAGCCCACGUUUUCAAGGCUGAUUUUCCGGGGCUUAAGAAGGAAGAAGUGAAGGUUGAGAUUGAAGAUGAGAGAGUGCUACAGAUAAGCGGAGAGAGGAAUGUAAAGAAAGAAGAGAAGAACGACAAGUGGCAUAGAGUGGAGCGCAGUAGUGGCAAGUUCUUGAGGAAGUUCAGGCUGCCUGAGAAUGCUAAGAUGGAUCAGGUAAAGGCUUGUAUGGAGAAUGGUGUUCUCACUGUGACUGUUCCUAAGGUGGAGGUGAAGAAGCCUGAUGUCAAAACUAUUGAAAUUUCUGGCUAAAUUACUAAUCCGUGUGCAAAUAGAUCAGACAAGUAUGUACGUCCAUUUGUUUAAGGUCAAUUGUAAGAAGCUUCUCUGUUUGUAAUAAAUAAUAGAAAGAAUA